AUGCCGGUCAUCAUUCGGGACGGAACGGGUCGCCUCAACCACAUGGACCAUAUCGACAACAAGUUCUUGGAAUCUGGAAGUCCUAAUUUUUUCUUGCAGUACCGCGACACCCAGGGCGAGUUGCACGCCUGGCCAAUCCAUAUCGUGAAGCUGUUGGAAUCAGGAUAUGACCUCAACGCAUGUGAGGAGUGCGAGGGAAUCAAGAGAUGGGACCCGGAGAUGAUCGAAUUUCUCCACGUAGAAGGCGGAGUACAGUCCAUCCAGACCUUCUGCCACUCCCUCUACGAUCAACAACUCUACCCUGAUCUGAAGACCGAGCUUGCUGGAGAUUCCAAAACAGCCAUCAAAGCCAUGGGAAUUUUCCUCCGGGGAUACUCCUUUGCGGAAGAGCGCAAUCUCGCAUAUAUGGAGGAAUUCGCCCGGGAGCUCGGCGCUGUGGUAGAUGAGGUCGACAUGAACCUCAGCGCUUUAGCUUUUGCCAUUGCCAUCGUUCGGGAGCAACCGGAAUGCAGGGGGGACAACGCCAAUCUGAGAAGAGUAAUCAUGUCUGCGGCUGUCCGACGCGCAUCGGCAAUCUUCCCUGAUGAGUCGGCUGACAUGGAUAUUUUGGAACAGAGCGCGAAGUUUCAUUACACUUUGCAGCGCAAUCUCGAUGACUAUCGGGGCUUCAUCGCCGGGCUACGUGCGGAGAUCGCGGAUAGAAUGCAUGAUUGAGGGCGCGAUGACUGAGUGCAGAGUUCCCGUAUCCUUUAUUACUGUCGACUGUCAAGUGAGGCUACCAAAAUGAUGGCAAUUUAUUCAAUGCAAGUGAUCG